AUGGUUGUGAUCAACAAGGUCUCCAUUGCCCUGGUGGCUGCUCUGGCUGCUAUGGGUCAGGCUACCCACGAGGGUCUCCACGCUCGUCGUGUUCACCAGGUUCGUUCAGUCAGCGCCGUCGAGGAGUCUACCUCUACCGUCCUGGUUGUACCUACCCCUGUUGCACCUGCUCCCGAGGAGUCUGCUCCCCCCGCUGAGACUCCCUCCGUGGAGCCCUCCGUGCAGCCCUCUGCCGCUCCCUCUGUUGCUCCCACUUCCUCUGUGGAAGCUGUUGCUCCCAGCUCGGUCCCCAGCGCUCCUUCUGUGGCUCCUAGCGCUCCCUCUGUGGCCCCCAGUGUUGCUCCCAGCGCUUCCUCCGUGGCCCCCGUGGCUUCCAGCUCUGCCUCCAGCUCUGCCCCCAGUGCCGUUGUCAGCUCAUCCUCUGUGGCCCCUAGUGUGAUUUCUAGCGCUUCUUCCGUCGCUCCUUCAAGCGUCCCUGUUAGUUCUUCCGCCGGUGCUGACAGCACUUCUUCUUCUGCUGCUGUCUCGGCCUCUGCUAGCAUCUUGCCUGCCUCUUCCACCAAGCCUGUGGUCACCCGUACUCCCAUUGGCGUCAAGCCUUCCGGAACUCCUUCGGCCACUCCUUCCGGUACCCCCUCUGGACGUCCCUCCGGUAUCUCUUCCGUCAACCUGAGCAGCACCGCUGCUCCUAGCCAGGAUGCCGUGACCACCAGCGCCGAGGUCGUGACAUACACUGUCACCUCUGGUGCUUCGUCCAGCGUUGUUACCACUACCAUCUACCGUACCUACACCCUGGAACACACCGUCACUGCUACUGGUACUGGACCUCAGGCCAGCGUCACUAAGCCCGGCCAGGUUGGUGAUAACCAAACCAAGCCUGCCGAGGACACCACCGAGACCACUACCAACACCCUCCACUCCACCAAGACAGAGACUGUCACUAUUGUUGAGGUUCCCACCAGCUCCAGCUCUGCUGGCUCUGGUAACGGAUCUGGAAACGGUGCUGGUAGCGAUUCUGGUGCUUGCAGCCCCGUUACCGUCACUGCUACUGUCACCGAGACUGUCACUGCUGGCUCCACUGAGACCUCUGCCCCCGUCAACCACCAGGGAGGUGGUGAUGACAGCGAGGAUGCCCAGAGCUCCUCCGCUCAGACUAUCGCUCCUCUCCCCACCAGUGUCACCACCCGCAUUCCUGCCCCCGGUGCCCACACUCACACCCCCCACACUCGCACUCCCACUCCUACUCCCUCCAGCAGCUUUGUGACCCGGACUCCCUCUGCUUCCGCCAGUGUGAAGCCUUUCCCUCACCCCAGCGGCCCUGCUCCCAGCGGAGCCCCCAGUGGCAAGCCCGUCCUUGCCAACUGGCGCCGUCACCUCUUCUAA